AUGGCUCCAUCAGCUAAGCCAGUCUGGAAGGACACUGAGCCUGGAUUCGGAUCCGGGUCUGCUCCAGCCAAGCACCGCGCAUGUGAUGAGUGCAGGGCCAGAAAGCUUGCCUGUACCAAAGAGGCAGAUGGAUGUGCUAGGUGUAAGAGGGAGGGCAUCAUCUGCCACUACUCAGCACAGAAACCAAUGGGUAGACCGAGAAAACGGCCCACCAUCCAGAGUGUCAAUGAGCCACCUGCUAUCCCCGUCACCACACAAGGCGACGAUGUUAUGAUACCGAGUUGCACCGCCCAAAGUGGCCCCAUGGAGGACGCUGGCCCAAUCAUUAUCGACCAGAAUCCGAUGAUAGACCCGCUCCUCGACACCGACGUGACAGAUUUGAGUCUUCUGGAUCUGUUAGGCCCUCAUUUCGUGUCGAAUGAGCCUUUGGAGGAGAGUAGGCCACCACCAGCAGACUUGUCAGCUCAACGAGCCAUGUGGGAUUUCGAUAUCAGCUUUGACCCUCACUACCCACCACCACCAUCAGCAGGAGGGAACAGCACAUCCGUCCCAUCGUCCAUCGACACCCCCAGCCUCUCGUCCCAAGGGGCUACACCGCCCGAGCCCCAUCCCAUCGACCCCGCGCUCUCAUCCACAUACGCAUCCACAGCCGCGACUCUACCACCCUCCUCAGACCACUCGCUCCAGCCUCCGACCUGUUCGUGCCUCGCCAAUCUCUACCUGGCUCUGGAUUCCGUCAGCCGCCUCCCGACCGAGAUCAUGCCCGCGUUGCGUGUGGCCCGCAGUGCCGCUCGCGCCGCCCACGACACUAUCCAGUGCCAGGUCUGCUCGCCACCGUUGGAAAAGGCCAUGGUCGCCCCGCUCUCCACCUUCCAGAACAUGAUGAUCGUGGGCGCCUUGAUCCCUUCCAUCGCGGACGCCUACCAUCGUAUCCUGACCAUGGUUGACGCCGAGACCACCCGCGCCAUCGCCACGCACACUGAUUUACGCUUCUCGCUGGCCGAGCACGGCGGUAUGUGGGCCGCCUUUCACGAGACUGGCUGCGCCACCGCCGACUUGUACGAGAACCAGGUCAUGAGCCCCGCCACCUGGCGCCUGACCGUGCGCGCCCUUCUCAAGAUUGAUGUGUACGGCGUCGAAUGCAAGAAUACGAAACCCGGCGGGUUCGAGUACCGGCAGAUGGGGCUCCGUGACCUCGUCUCGCAGAUGGACGAGAAGAGCAUCCGGAGGCACGCCGACAUAGAUGCCAUGGUUGAAGCCGGUCUCGCCCCGCCGACUGGGCUGUGCGGUCGGCCGGCGCACUACAGCGUCCCGAGGGACGGGGGCGGCCAGGAGCCACAGUGCAGGAAGAUUAUCGCGAUAGCGAGGCACGCGGUCGAGGGGCUGGUGAUUCCUUAA